AUGGCGACCACAGCACUACACGGAUGGCAUCCAGGCGAGAUCUCCAUCCAGCGGAGGCUAGGGUAUGCAGACGCCAUUAAAGACACCUGGUCGAUGGUCCGCAGCUUCAUGCCCGAGCAGCACCGCGUCUUUCAUACCUCCAAACUGCCCUUCAUUCCCAUCACAACUGUGGAUGAAGACGGGCGCCCGUGGGCAGCGAUUGUCGCGGGGUCAACCGGGGAGGCUGGUUUUGUUCAUAGCCCGGACUCACAAACUCUCUCAGUUCAUGCUCGUCUCUGGGAUGGAGACCCAUUACUUGACACAGUCAAGGCGUGGGUUGAUCCUAACCCUGGCCAGUCCACAGUCGCCCAGAGAUUCUUGACUGCCGGUCUGGGAAUCGAGUUCUCCACCCGACGGCGCAACAAAUUCGCUGGGACUAUUCAAAGUGUGGAGCACAAGUCUAUCCUGGACUACAAGCUACACUUGAGAGUCACCCAAACAAUAGGGAACUGUCCCAAGUACAUCAACAUUCGAAAGCUCAUCCCUCAUCUGCAUACGCUUCCCAGGGUCGAACAUCGACAUCGGCAUUGGGAACCGCACGGCCGACUUCCAGAAGAGGUAGUGGCGUUCAUCCUCCAGGCCGAUACGGUCUUUGUCGGGUCCAUCUACAAAUCAUCGCCGUCGGAUCUGCACACGUUCCCUCCGCACGCGGGCAUGAACGCUCGCAGCGGCUUACCGGGUUUUAUUCGAGUCAGCCCGUCUGAUGGCCGCACGGUCGUGGUGCCAGACUACUCUGGAAACCGAUUUGUGUCCACUUUGGGCAACAUCGAGGCUAGUGGGCUGGUGGGAUUGACGAUCGUGUCGUUUACGACGGGCGACAUUCUCUAUUUGACGGGUACCGCUAAAAAUCUAGUAGGUCCAUCUGCACUUGAGGUCAUGGCGAGACAUGCCGCUCUCACAUCUGUGAAUGUUACCGGGUUCGUCUUCGUCCGAGACGCUCUCCCAGUUCGACAGCAAGAUGAUACCUCCGUUGAACGCAGUCCAUACAGUCCAAAGAUCAAAUAUUUAGUGGAAGAGCUGGGUGCCCAGAGUAGGGACAGUGAAGAGCGCAAAGCAAAGCUUCAAGAGGCAGUGCAGGUCUCUUCUGACCUUGCGGUGUUCAAGUUUGAAGUCAUUUCCAAACCUAGUGCUGGCGAUCUGCGAAUCCGCCCCGGUCAAGCUAUCGUGCUUGAUUUUAUGGACUGGAUAGGACCACCGCAGUACGAACACAUGGCAAACUCCGCCCCGGGGUCAAUCAAUGAUGAUCGCGUCCGUACAUGGACAGUCUCCAGUGCCCAUGAAGAGCGAAAUGCGACAUACUUCGAAUUAACAAUGCGAGAAAUGAAAGGAGGCGCGGUGACUGGUGCUCUAUUUGAUCGUCUGAGAAAAGACCAGUCCGCUCAGCCAGGUCAGCCUAUUGUUUUUGACACUCCUAUCGUCGCCGACAUCGUUGGCGUCACGGGUGACUUUUUCAUGGACCACGAGAAACUCGAUGCGCUGUGGGUCGCCGGUGGCAUUGGAAUCACGCCAUUCCUCGCUAUGCUCAAUGCGCUGGCAGAGCGUGGACCUGCAGCUGAAGGCGAUGUCAUGCUGGUUCUUGCAACGAGAGAACCGAGCAUCAUGCUUGAUAUGAUGCGGCCCUCUCUUGAAAGGAUAGCACCGACCGUUCGUAUCAAAAUUGCUAUAUUCACCCAUGAUCCAGAGUUCAAUGCCGGUCAUCUCAAGCCAAAUCAGAACAUUUGUGUUCACAGUGGUCGUGUCGUCCCAGAGUUUUGGAAGGAUAUUCCGCGCGGCAAAGACAUUUUUAUCUGCGGGCCUAAUGCUUUUGGGGACUCGGUGACUGACGGGCUGCGAGCUGUGGGAGUCUCGUCAAGUCAGAUCCAUCAAGAAGGUUUUUAUUGA